AUGAGAGGGAAAUACUUUCUCUUGGGCUUCUUGUUGCUCAAACUUAUGGCUCUUGUGUGCAAGGCUGACGGGGAGCCGGGACUGCUGGGAGGCUUCGUAAUGAUCGCCACCUCCAACGGCUCCAGGGAGGAGGAGAGCGUGUCCGAGGAGACCCCGCACACGGAGGACAAAUGUCGGGGUUACUACGACGUGAUGGGCCAGUGGGACCCGCCGUUCAUCUGCAAAACGGGCAAUUAUCUGUACUGCUGCGGCACCUGUGGCUUCCGCUUCUGCUGCUCCUACAAGCACUCGCGGCUGGACCAGAGCACCUGCAAAAAUUAUGACACUCCGGUGUGGAUGAAGACCGGACAGACUCCCUACAAAAAAAUGAACAAGAUGCACGACAGCACCAAAGACAAGACGAACUUAAUUGUUUACAUCAUAUGUGGAGUAGUGGCCAUCAUGGCUCUUGUGGGGAUUUUCACCAAACUGGGGCUGGAGAAGGCGCACCGGCCUCAGAGAGAGAACAUGUCCAGGGCCGUCGCCAGCGUGCUGCAGGGCGGGUGUCCAGGUGAGCAGUAUCGGGGGGAGGAGGCCCUAGGAAUGCAUUCGCAGCACUACGUUUCCAGGGCCACAAACCUCCAGGGCGGUCAGAUCAGCAACAACGUGGGACCGGGCUCAAACAUGGGCCAGCAGCCCUCGUACCCCGCUCUCAGCCAGCUGGCUCACGUCUACGAGCAACAGCAGCAGCAGCAGCAGCAGCAGAACAAGGAUAUCAACAAGUACGCCUCCCUGAAGGCUGUGGCUGCCAAGUACAACGGUGAAAUCUACAAGCGUCGGCUGAUGGUGGAGCUGCCAGCAAAAGGCGGGCUUCCUCUCCAGCCCAUGGGGAACUCCAGACCCUCCAUGGGCAACAUGUCGUCGAUGACCCCUCCAAUGACAACCAACCCCAUGGCUUCUAACCCAAUGACCUCCAAUCCCAUGAACCCCACCAUCACCCAGAUGACCUCCAUGACUCCAAUGACCUCCAUGACUCCAAUGACCUCCAUGAUGCCCAUGACUUCUAUGACACCCAUGACUUCUAUGACACCCAUGACCUCUAUGACACCCAUGACCUCCCUCACUCCGAUGUCCUCCAUGACCCCCAUGACCUCCCUGGGUCCACUGACUCCUGAGCCAGUCGCCACCUAUGUCACUGAGAUGCCCAGCAUCUCCUCCGUCUCAACCCUGCCAACAGAAAGGCACAUAGCCGGUGGCGGCGGAGGUGGGGGACUAAAGCCGAAUGGCCACAAACUCAAAGGCAGCCAUGGCCACAUUGCCCAUACCUCUCACAGCUCUCACAGCUCUCACACUCAUGGUCACAGCCACAGUAGCAAGCCGCCAGGACUCGGGGCCACCUCCCUGGCACACAUGGCAGGGACAAUGCCAGGUGGCACGUCCCUGGGCAUCUCCAGGGCCGCAGAGACCGCCAUUGGCCCCAGCUCGGCAACAAUGGGCCGCCCAUUGGCAUACAGUUCCAACACAAUCGCGGCUGGGCAUGCAAUGGGGCUGGGGCUGAAGGGCUGGGAUGGGACUGAGACGGUGGGCCGGAGGAAGACCUACGGGCACAAGAGGCCUCAGUGUACCGUUCUGGAGCCCAACCAGCUCCACAGCACCAGAGGCCACAGCCACAGCCAACACUUCCUCCCCACACAGCCCUACUUUGUGACCAACAGCAAGACAGAGGUGACUGUGUGA